UGAUCUUAUGAAUAUGCGAAAUUUGAUGGGUACGAUUCCCCCUGAUUUCAACUAAUCGGCUUCCGGUGAAGGGCUCCCUGAAAAAGACAACCUCGGAAAACUGUCGGGAGUCCAACACGGGACAGAGCACACGCUGUUAAAAAGACGAACAUGAAAGGCAUCGACGAAUAUAAAAAUGCAUCGAGCAAAACCUACCCCGUGGAUUCAUUCUACCAAGAACAAGAACCCACAAGAAACGCCACCACGACUCUCUGUUUUCUUGUCUUUCUAGGCCCAUGAGUCUCUGGGGUUACGCUGUUGGAAAGAAGCAAGAAUUGAAAGCAAUGGAUGCCAAGAAUGUCCUUACUUCCGCAGCACGAAGCGCCUCUCUUUCCGGCUCCUCGUCUUCCACAGGUUCGCUUCUUAUACGAGCUCCUCCUACUCUCGACGAUGACGACGACGGCGGCGGCGGCGGCGGCGGCGGCUCUGAUUUCCAGUCAAAAGCUCCGCGAAUCGACGUUCAGUAUGGCACUAGUAGUUGCAGCGACGAAAGCAGUGAGAGAGGCGGCUCCGACUGUGAGCGCUUGUUCGCUAGCGGGGAUGACUUCGAAACGGCGUCGGAGAGGCCGUUCGUUGCGGACCCAGAUGAGGAAACAUUGGAAGGAGGUGGGGGCAUCGCGAAAGAUCGAAUCUUUAGGCCCUUUGUGGCAUACCCGGAUGCGAACAAAUUUGAGAACAGCUUUGGGGAGGAGACGUGUAGUGACGUUGAUGAGUACUCUUCUGUGGCAGAGACUGUGGCAGAGUAUGACUAUGACCCCAUUGUUGACCAAGUUAUGCCUAUUGCAAGGUUGUCCAUAGAUUUUGAGGAUGAAGAGGGCUUGAUGGCCAUUGAAGAAAUCGGGGAUGAGGAGAUCGUGAGAGCUGUGCGAGUUCCGGGUUUCGACGAGUCUGAGAUGGUGGGGGGUGCACCUAGGAUUAGGGUGAUGGUGUAUGAAGAGGAGAGAGAUGAGGAUGAGACAAGUUUGUUCGUUGGGGAUGGGAUUGAGAUGCAUAGCCCUUCUGGUGAGUAUACAAGUGAGAAAGGUGACCUUGCUUCUAUGGGGCAUGCACGAGUUAUGCAUCUGAAGGGUGAGGAAGGAAGUUUCAUGGAGCAGAGCUCCCAAAUGCUAGCGAAUUUCGAACAUCUAAGUAGUGAAGGUAGAAGAACUGAGGGUGCAGAUAGCCAUCGAUCAAAUGAUGAGAGGGUUUGGGAGCUGAAGAAUGGAAAAUUGAGUGAUACUGAUUUUGCCGAAAAAUGUGAAACAAAUACGGCUUCCGAGGCAAUGCAACUGAAUUUCGAGGAAUUAGAUUUCAGUUGGUGCAAAAUUGUGAAGCCAAGCUUUACAUGUGCAGUUGAAGAACCUGUGGUGGGGAAAGUUGCUAUUUAUGAUACAGGUCUCACUCUUGAAGACCGAAUGAAUGAUGUGACACCUCAUUUGCAGAUACUUUUGGAGUGCCCUAAAGUUGCGGGGGAAGUUAAGCACUUAGACUAUACUUAUUACAAGAACGGUACCAAUGCAAGUGAGGAGGCUAGUGAAAUGAGUUCAUCGGAUGAGGCAUUGCGCGAUCCUAGGAAUCUCCUUAACUCUGUGUUUGCGGUUUCCCCUUCAGAUCAUGAACCAGAGUUAGAAGGAAGAGAUGUGGAGGAUGAAGCGUUAUAUAAAACAAGAGGAGGUGAAAAGAACUUGCUUGACGAUGAAGGGGUUGACAGUUUGAUAUAUGGUAGCUCUGAAACCGCUCAACUGGUAAUGAGUGAUCUAGAAGAUGAAUUCGCAUCCUGUUUUCUCUCGAAUCCAGCGAAUUCUCAAGUUUAUCCAGCAACGUAUGAUGGCCAUAUUGUCUCUGAAUCAAGCAAAGAAGAUGGUUCCUAUGUUUAUGGGGGACAGAAUUUGUUAGUUGAUUUGGACAUCUUGGGAGAUCUUCUCAAAGCACCUUCUUGUGCUGAAUCAGAGGAGAAUCUUAGCAAAGAGGAAAAGAAGUGCCUUGAGGAUGUGCAUCUGUUAAAGGUAAACCUCUUAAGACUUGUCCAUAGACUAGGCUAUUCUCCUGAAAAUUCCAUAGCUACACAGGCAUUGUAUCGUCUUGCCCUAACCAUAGGCGGCCACUCUAGUCAAGCAUUUUGCCUCCAAUCAGCCAAAAAGUUGGCAGUGCAGCUUGAAGCUGAGGGUGGUAGUAUGGACUUGUCAUUGAACAUCCUGGUCAUCGGAAAAACAGGUGUGGGAAAGAGUGCGACCAUUAAUACCGUUUUGGGAGAAAAGAAAGCCGUGGUCAAUGCAUUUGAGCCCGCAACUUUUACUGUGAAAGAGGUUCUCGGAAUUAAGGAUGGUGUCAAAUUUAGGUUUAUUGAUACACCAGGUCUUCGAUCUUCUGGUACCGAUCAAUCUCUCAACCAGAGAAUAUUGAUGUCUAUAAAGAAGUUCACUAAAAGCUUUCCGCCUGAUGUUGUUAUGUAUGUCGACCGUCUGGAUUGCCCAGUGAGUGAUCUUAUUGAUCUGCCACUUCUGCGGUCCAUCACUAAUUCUCUUGGUUCAGUAAUAUGGCAUAAUGCCAUUAUCGUCCUCACCCAUGCCUCAUCUACUCCCCUGGAUGGACCAACCGGAUUACCUUUCAGCUACAAAGACCUUGUAUCUCAGCGAUCUAGUGUUAUUCAGCAAUGUAUCAGCUUAGCAAUUGUUGAUACGCAUACAAUGAAUCCAAGUCUCAUGCCUCCGGUGUUCAUGAUCGAAAACCUUUCUGAAAAAAAUGAGCUUGGAUGUGCAGUUCUUCCCAAUGGACAAUUUUGGAGAACACAGUUGUUGAUCUUAUGCUAUUCACUGAAAAUUUUGAGCAAAGCUUCGCCUCUGUCGAAACCGCAAGAAUCAUUAUAUCUCCGUAAAAUCCACAACUUCUGUGUCCAGUCAUUUGCCGUACUUGUCGUCUUCUCAAGUGCAACCUCACAUUCACCCAAGACAUUCCACUGAUCAGGGUGAAACUGACCUGAACUUUGAGCUUGGCUAUUUCUCCGAUUUGGAUGAAGGCACUGGUGACUGAUUGAUUGAAGCCCUUUGGGAGGUCUCAGAUGGCGACACUCACAAUUUGUGGAGUACAUCUCCAUUUGCCAUUCAGAAUAUCCUCUUUGAUUCCUCCAUUGACAGAGAGCAGUGAGAAAAUGGACAAGCAUGCAUGAGCUAACUUGCGAACAUUGGCGAAAGCACAUUGUCUACGUUGUCGUGGGAGAGAACAAAGCGAAAUUCUUGGAGAACUAUAGAGAAGUUGCAGCAUGUCCAGAACUUGACAGGCAAAACGUAGCUGCUGGUCUCUAAGUUGACCACCCGAUCGGUUUCAGAAGCUCCUUUGAAGACCUGGAAUGAAUUGUAAAGGCCAUCUCUCCAUUUCUCUAUCUUGGCCAAUUUUGAGUGGCAAUUCUCCAUGCAGAGGAUUUCCAAGUUGUCUAUUUUUGUUUGGUUGAACAAUGAACGGGGGUUGGUGCAUAGGAGUCGAUAUAUAUAUAUAUAUAUAUGUAGUUGCAACUUUUGGUGUCAUCUUGUACGACUCACGAAGGGAAGAGCAGCGAAGCUUGCGGGGCCAUAUUUAUCGCGCUCAUUUUAGCGGAUGCAUACAGUUUUGUUCGGUCCGAUCGGUCUGUUUCUCAUGUUUUUGGCAAUUACAAGAUAGAGAAAUCAAAGGGCUCCUAGAGUGGUGGAUUUUCUGUUCUUUUGACUCGGAUUAAAGGGGAAAUUUUUGAAAACACCCUGAAGUGGAUUUUGUCUCAGAUCGUGAAAUGUGUUGUCGACGGCCAAAUUAAGCGACCUUUACGGGCUUUCGCACCUGAGAAAGGGGCAUUUUUUUUGGUCCAAAAAAUUAUCAAAUUUGAUCCAAAUGCACGUGA